AUGGACAAGCCUAUGAUGCUGUCGCGGCGCGAGCUGCCAAAAUCAACCAUGAUAUACAUCAUCGUCGGCGUUGUCGUCGGCGUGACUUGCACUGUCGGAGUCAUUGUCUUUCUGGUGAUGAAACAUCGCAAAGGUCAAAAGUACAGCCAACUGAGAAAGAGGAGCACGGUUACUACCACCACGAACAACCGAGAGUCUUAUAGGAAGAGCAUCAUGUCGACCGUUUCCGAGGUGGACGACGCGCAGAGGCAGGCCAUGAUUCGGAAAUCGCUGGCGACGCGAAGCUCUAUGAUGACGUUGAACAUGGACGCAAGCUCCGUGUAUACCGCGCCUCAUCCGCUGGAUCGCACCGCCUCUCAUUUCUUAUACCGUCCGGUCUCUCAUCCGCUGGAAGAAGCCAUCACAGAGGCCGCCGCAGAAUUCGUUACAGAGGCCGCCGCAGAAGCUGUUACAGAAACUGCUGCAGAAGCUGUUGCAGAGACCUCCCCGGAAACUCAGGAGUCGCAUCCUCCUCCGUCGCGAGAUGAGGAAUCGCGAGACGAAGAAUCGCUAAUCGGCCUCAAGGCUGACUGGAAGGAGUGGGAAGCGAGGCUACACGAGAACCACUCCCUCUCGCUCGACCAUCACCCAGCCGUAGCCCCCGAGCGAAAGGAUUCCACCGGCUCCAAUGGCUCCCACGGAGAAUAUCGUCUAGUUAAUGGCCCGCCAACUCAAGCCCACCUCAGCCUUAUUACGUCUGAGCUCGGCCGGCGCUCAGUACCACCCCUGAGUCGGCCACAUUCCGUCGUUUCUAUCGAAUCCACAAGAUCGCUGCCGAUGAAGUAUGAGUUUAAACGGGAACGAGACACACGCUCUCCUCUAACACGCUCCCCCCAUCGACUACAACAUUCGUGGACAGCUUCUUAA